GGAGAUCGUGGACAAUCACGAGAAGGAAAACGCACUGAACAUUGUGACCGAGGACAGGACCUACCACAUCUACGCAGAGUCUCCUGAGGAUGCCAGCGGUUGGUUCAAUGUGCUGAGUCGGGUCCACAGCGCCAGCCCCGAGCAGCUCAUGGAGAUGCACCACGAACAGGCCAACCCAAAGAAUGCUGUGGGAACAUUAGAUGCGGGUUUGAUCGAUUCUGUUUGUGCGUCGGACAACCCAGACAGACCAAACUCUUUUGUGAUCAUCACAGCCAACCGAGUGAUCCACUGUAAUACAGACACACCUGAGGAGAUGCACCACUGGAUCGGCCUGCUGCAGAAGUCAAAAGGAGACACCAGAGUUGAUGGGCAGGAGUUCCUGGUUAGAGGUUGGCUGCAUAAAGAGAUGAAAUCAGGAGCUAAGAGCACGUCUCUGAAGCUGAAGAAGCGCUGGUUUGUUCUCACCACGAACUCUCUCGACUACUACAAGUCAUCGGAGCGUAACGCGACUAAACUGGGAACCCUGGUCCUCAACAGCCUCUGCUCUGUGGUGCAGCCUGACGAGAAAACCUUUAAGGACACAGGUUACUGGAAUAUAAUCAUAUAUGGGCGUAAACACUCUUACCGGCUUUACACUAAACUGCUGAAUGAAGCCAUGCGGUGGGCGAACGCCAUUCAGGGAGUGAUAGACAGCAAAGUUCCCAUUGAAACGCCAACACAGCAACUCAUCAGGGACAUCAAGGAGAGCAGUUUGAACGUGGAGGCUGUGGAACAGACGUAUUGGAGGAACCCCAUCCUGCGAUAUACCCAGCAUCCUUUGCACUCCCCCCUUCUACCUCUGCCUUAUGGAGAUGUCAGCGUCCAYUUGCAAAAGGAAAAGGGCUAUACGAGCCUGCAGGACGAGGCGGUGAAGAUUUUCAACUCGCUGCAGGAGAUGGAAGCCGUGUCAGACCCCGUGCCCAUCAUCCAGGGAAUCCUGCAGACCUGCCAAGACUUGAGACCGUUAAGGGACGAAGUCUACUGUCAGCUCAUCAAACAAACCAACCACGUCCCGCACCCCAACAGUCCCGCCAAUCGUGCCCACUGGCAUCUCCUGACCUGCAUGAGCUGCACCUUCCUGCCCAGCCGAGGAAUCCUGCGCUACCUCAAGUUUCACCUGAAAAGGAUUAAGGAGCUGUUCCCYGGAACAGAAAUUGAAAUGUUUGCCCAUUUCAUCGGGGAGUCUCUUAAGAAGACAAAGACGAGAGAGUUUGUUCCUUCCCAAGAGGAGAUCAUGGCUCUCCUAACCAGACAGGAAAUGACCACCACAGUCUACUGCCAUGGAGGAGGCUCCUGCAAGAUCUCCAUUAACUCUCACACCACUGCUGGAGAGGUCGUGGAGAAGCUGAUCCGAGGUCUGGCUAUGGAGGACAGCAGGAACAUGUUUGCACUCUUCGAGCACAGGAGUGCCGUCGACAAAGCCGUGGAAAGUCGAGUCAUCGUGGCCGAUGUGUUGGCCAAAUUCGAAAGAAUGGCUGGCAGCGAGGAAGCUCGGGACGAAGGCCAAUGGAAGCUGUAUUUCAAACUUUAUUGUUUCUUGGAUGUGGAAAGCAUGCCUAAAGAAGGAGUGGAGUUUGCAUUCAUGUUUGAGCAGGCUCACGAGAGUUUGACCCGGGGUCACUUUCCGGCCCGCGAGGAGACCCUGCAACACCUCGCAGCUCUGCGCCUGCAGUUCUUGUUCGGAGACAAAGCCCGGGUCACGUGGAGCCUGGAGAGCGUCUACCCCGUGGGACGCCUGCGAAGUCGAAUCCUGCAGUUUACAAAAGCGGGCGGAGCGUCCGGCUCGGGCUCGGGCCAGACCCUGGAGCGGCGGAGGACCAGCUUCCUGGACAAUACGUUGCGCCGGGGGCUGAAGACGGGCUCCAUGAAGAAGCAGCGCUUGGAGGAGGAGCAAAUGCUGGAGAUGUGGAUCAAGGAGGAGAUGUCUGCCACCAGGGCGAGCGUUGUGGAGAAGUGGAACCGCCUCAAGAGUUUGGAUCAACACCAGGCCAUGCUGAAAUACAUGACCAUCAUCAAGGAGUGGCACGGAUAUGGAUCCACUCUGUUUGACGUUGAGUGUAAAGAAGGAGGGUUCCCACAUGAUCUGUGGUUGAGUGUGAGUGCUGAGAAUGUGUCCGUCUACAAAAGAGGAGAGCCCAAACCUCUGGAGACCUUCCCGUACGAGCACAUCAUCUUCUUCGGCGCUCCACAGCCGUGCACUUACAAGAUCACCGUGGACGAGAGAGAAAUGUUCUUCGAGACACCAGAGGUUGGAGARAUCACAAAGAUCAUGAAAGCCUACAUAAACAUGAUUGUGAAGAAGCGCUGCAGCGUCAAGUCUGUGUCCAGUUAUGGAACCAAUUGGAUCAGGUGAUGCAUCGGAGACGACACGGUUUGUUCUUUUGGACAUUAAGGACAAAGACAAGYGUGGAGCAGUGAGACGGGAAGAAUGAAAAUGUCCUUCGGCCGAGGUUUUGACUUGAGCCACAUAGUAACAUGAACAAUCUACUAUAUCCAGGAAGAAAGCUUUGUCUAAAGACCCAAAACCGCCUGAUUUUUGUUGUUUUCCUUCUGGAUGUUGCUUCUUUCUUCGCCGUCUUCCCUGCUCUAGUUGAUUACACUGGUCGUUUCACAUAUUUCUUACAAAAAAAACUGUUUUUUUUAAUGGAUUAUUUUUCAAAGUCAGAAGAAACUUUUGUUGCGACUUGAAAUGUUUUCACACCCCAAAUACCAAAAAAAAGAACAAAAAACAGAGAAAUUCUCACAAAUGUAAACUCAAACGCCAUCUCUGAAUGUGCUGCACACUAACUGAUUAGCACCUUUAAUGUUUUUGUUUGUUUCUGUUAAACAUUGCGACUCCUUGUAAUGAAUGUUCUCCUGAAUGGAGAGUCCCUCAGGGUUAAAAAAAAAAAAACACAAAACAAAAAAAAGUUCCCCUUUUUGCCUUAAAGCUAUUUGGAGAGCAGAUGUGGCCUUGCAGAAGCAGAAGAUACACUUGUGUGUAAUUAUUAUUUACAUGUGUCACAAAAAAUACAUCUCAAGCAUCUAAAUCAGGGGUGUCCAAAGAGUGGCCCACAGGCUAUCUGCGGCCCUCUGAGUGAUUUUGUGCGGCCCGUGACUGCAACUAAGGAAUCAUAUAAUUUUGCCCCCCGGGAAGUAAAUGCAGACAGACGCCUUUUACAAAUUUUAAUUGUAAUAUUUUUGUAAUUGUUAAGUUUAACACAAAAUGGGAUGAAAUAAUCUUAAAACGUGCAAUAUUUGGUACAUAAUUCUUUCCUUUUUACUUAACCACAUUUCUUAUUUUUAUUGCAGUUUCAUAGUAAAAACGACCACAAAACCUUUACCAACUUUUACCAAAAAGAAGUCUUUUAUGUAACCAUUCAUAAAACUUAAUAUAACAAGCUGGGUUUGAUCAUUGACAGAAGGAAACUGGACUUUGUUAAAAGAAUGUGAAGUGGUCAUAAUUUCCAUCCAAUUCAACACUUUUAUUUGCAUCUCUUUAAGCCUUCURUGAAUCUGUUUUAGCGAAUGCCAGCUACACUUUUUAGUGCUUCAACCCUUUUAGGACAGGACGUCCAUGCUUUUGUGGGUCUAAAUGAGAUUUUAACUGCAAAUCUAACAAAAUUUUUACCCAAAAGAUCUACUACCAGACCUUUUAUUAGCAACUAUAUUUGAAGAAAAGUCAUUCAUUUUACAUUUUUUUUAACGUAGAUAAACUGAAAUGUGCUUUAACCCAACAAUUAAUUUGACAAAUCAAAGGAACUGAAUGCAUUWAUUUUAUUAAUGUAAUUGUUUCUACACUUUUCAUGUUUUGGAAUGACUCACUUUCCACAAAAGUUACUUUGUCCUUCCACUAAAUUAUUGUGUGUUUUUGUUGAGGGUUUCAAAAUGAAAAAAAAAAGUAUUAGUUUUAUUAUUUUAUUUUCGUGGCUAAUGAAUACUUUCAACUUGAUCAUUUUAGCCAGCAUGUUAAAAAAAUAGGACACCAGUGAAAAAGGAAGAAAAAAACAUUCUCGUUAGCAAAGUUUGAUAAUAAAUUUUACUAAUAAUGCUAAAAAAGGUAAACUCUUUGACUAAUAAGUAUUAUUAUAUGGUAAAUUUUUGUGCUUCUAACCCAGAGCUAGAGUGAGCUGAAUAUAUCGAUAAAAUACCCCAAAUUUUGAGCAUGUGAUGUAAAAAUUAAACUAGAUGAUGACACUUAAUUGAAAUUUUGUCUGUAGUUUGUGUGUGUUUGUUUUAGCUUUGAGUGACRUCAGCAKCCAUAGAGGGUGGGGUAUUUAUUUWUAAAARAWCUCAAUGGAUUUGAGAGAAUAAGAUGAAUUGAGUCGAUGCAGUUUUGUUACAUUUUCACCUUUUUGUGCUUUCAAGACCAYGAGAUAUCACUUGAUUCAAGGUUGGACUGAAGUGUUUUCACACAUUUACUAUUUCCCUGUUAUUAGGCCGACCUGUAUAGUUCCUGAUUAAAAUAAUUUAAUCUCAGUGUAACAAGCUUAGUACUUACCUCACGUUAGAUUUCUGUCUUCCAUCUCGUUCGCACUCAGCAGCUCUGGUCAGCUGCCGGCGGCCAAACCAGAGACUUUCCAUCAAUGAUGACUGUAUUUCUGAGACUUCUGACUGUUCUGAAGAAGAAAAUAAUCAGAAAAUGUUUUAUAUCAGAAUUUWAAAAAACGCUUUAAUAAAUUAUUGUAUUUCAAAAA